GGCUCUCCUGCUCCUCUCUCUUCUCGUUCUCUCGGCGGCAGCAGAUGUUGCAAAGGUUGCAGAUGCUGCAGAAGUUGCAGAGACUGCAGGUGUUGCAGAUGUAGUGCCGGAGCUGCAGGAGGAGAAACAGUUGCUUGAAGAUGAAGUUCCUUUCCCUGAAGAAGAGGAAGCGGCCAUGUUUGCUGCAGCAGCCCAGGGUGCACCAGAUACAGAUCGUAUGUUCGUCUGUCCCUCCGGUUGGGUCCGAUACAAGACCGGCUGCUAUUUAUACAUGAGCUCUUUGUCCUGGAGCGGUGCUGAGGCCCACUGUGCCAGGCAGGGAGCCUCGUUGGCUACUUUCCACGAUGUGUUUGAAUACAGUUUCCUGCAGUCGCUCAUCAGACAAGCAGGAGCCAGCACGGCCUGGGUCGGAGGGUUCUACUUCCAGACCUGGAGGUGGCUGGACCAGAGCCGCUUCACCUACUUCAGCUACUCCUCACUGAACAGCGCCACCAGCUACCCGUGCGUCUACCUGCAGUCCAGAGCGGGCUGGACCAACGGCGUCUGCAGUACUUCAAGACCUUUCAUUUGCAUGAAGAGAACCGACACCUGCUGAGUCCUCAUAGAGACGGGGGACAUGUCGGAUCAGGAGGGAGAGCUUGAUGUUGUUCAAUCAAAUCACAUGUUGUUAAUAAGAAGUGAUUUUUAAAGUUUGUAUUUCAGUCUGUUUUCGAUUCUCUUCAUGUUGUGUUAAACUCUUUGAGUUGCCUUGUUGUUGAAAUGUUCUUUAUAAACAAAUAAUAAUAAAGAAAAAUAUUCUGAU